AUGACCAUUGUGGAUGGUGGUGGUUGUGAGAAGAGAUUGGUGGCCGUUGUUUGGCUGCCACGCGCGCCAAAGCCAACGCACCUUUCCCUUUCCUCAUCACCACCCUCGCCGUCGCCGCGACAUAUGUCGGGCAAGGCUCCUCCAAAAGGACCGAGGGCCUUGCUAGGCACCCAUGGAGGUCAAUCUGGGCCCCCUUCUUCGUCCUCAGCAUCGUCCUUGGCACCUCACAACUCCCAACAACAUCCACAACCACCAAAAGGUGCCUCGGGCUCCCUUCCCUUGACCCCGAAUAGCAGGAUUGGAGCGACGCCGCCGACGGGUCCUCGUAGUCUGCAAGCCAACAACCAUGCUCGACUACCGCCUCCAGGGCCAAAACACCUGAUGAAUGGCCACACAGGGUACUCAAACUCUGGGCCUCCAAAUGGCGUCGCACCCCACGGCCUGCAAGGUAAUCGCAAUCCAAUAUCAAUCAAGGGUAAAAAGCGGGAUGUUGGUCUAAGUGCCGAGAGCAAUCACAGCUGGCAGUCAUCUCGUCCCCAGACAAAUGGAUGGCCGGAUACGAGUACUAACGAAGGAAGUAGUGGAGGUAGUGGUGCAUCUAGCAGUAGUAUGGGGCACAAGAUUUCAACAUCUGCGGCAACUUCUCCAGCUGCUGUACCUGUACGACCAGGAGAAUUAAAGCAAGACCGGCCAGCAGUACACAUAUCCAUGCAAAAUCGGAAUGGCGCUCGUGAUCGGCCUUCUCUUCUCUCAGAAUCAUCUCAGCCUCCACCUCCGAGGGAUGAACCCCCUCCACCACCACCGCCAAGCCAACCGCCGCCACCACCACCACCACCACCUGAGGAAGCGAAGCCUCCAACGUCGUUACCUCCCCCACUUCCUCCAGCAGAAUCACGUCCGCCGCCACCACCUCCAGAAUCGAAACCUCCGCCUCCUCCGCCUCCGCCUCAACCACCAACCUCCUCUCCUCCACCUCUUCCUCCGUCAACAUCACCUCCAAAGUUGCCGCCUCCUCCCCUUCCGUCAGAUCCUCCUCCUCCACCACCGCACACUUCAGAGCCGCCCACCCCACCACCACCACCUCCGGUAUUCGUACCUGAACCUCCCCCACCUGCCUCAACGCCCGCGCCUCUACCACCCUCAGCCCCAGCAUCAAUACCACCUCCAAUACCAGUACCCGUACUUGCUGUACCGUCGGCGCCACCAGCUUCCGUACCGUCACCAGUGACGCCAGCUGCACCGACACCGACACCGGCCUUGCGAUUACCGCCCGUGGAAAAGCAGAGAGCACCGUCGCCGAGAAAUGUGCCUCCACCUCGACCAUCUUCAAACGAACACCAUGCCCUUCCUAGACGUCCUCGGUCUCCACCCUCUUGGAAUCCCUCUUCGCGGCCCCGGGAUUCCUCUCGUGAAUCGUCAAGAUACAGACACUCGGACUCGCGACACUCGGACUCGCGACACUUGGAGUCGCGAUUUUCGGACUCAAGGCAUUCAGAAUCCCGGCAUUCAGAACCAGAACCAGAGCCGAAGAAACUCUACUCGUUGCCACCUCUUCCAGCAUGGCCGCCUCCUCGGUCUGAACAUCCCGAAGGGCUGAGAUCCUUCAAGGUUCUCUACGAUCCAGCGGUCGACAAUCCUUUGGCGGCUUCAUCCGGUCAUAUUCCGCAGAAAUACCCUGUUCUCCUUCCACCAGCCCAUUAUCGUGGACUGAUCGACCAUAUUCGGAAGCAUGGUAGCCCAUCCGUUGUUCAAGAGCGAAUACGAGGGAAGGGAAAGGGCAAAGAAUCUUUACUCCGGUUUGAAGGCGAAGUCAUGAGUGUCAUUGAUCCUGAUGACGGCACCAGGGAGGAAGUGGUCGUGGUCAAGGACCCACGCAAGAAUAAGGACAAGGAGUUCAGACCGCCAUCGUCCUUUCGGGUGCCAAGAAACGAUCUCAUUGAGGUGCGAUACGAGUUCGAUGAGAAUUCCACGGGCCCACCUCCACCUACGUCUAUCCUUCUCACCGGCGUGUCUCCUUUCACAUCGAACACGAAUCUCCGUCGACAUUUCUCGCAGUUUGGGACAGUUCUCUCGUUUGAGCCACAGAUCGAUAAAGAGAACGGCAGCGCCUUGGGAAUCUUCUCUAUCAAAUUCCAGUUGCAUGAGGAGGCAAAAAGGUGUUUGGAGAAGGAAAAUGGGAAGCGAGGGGGCCUCGGAGCUGGCAUACCCUUGAAGCUGGGGGAGGUCGAGGAAUGGCGCGUAGUUUACGAUGGGGAUGGGUCGAGGUUAAAGGCUGUUAUGAAGGAGCUCGAUGAGAGGAGGAAGAGGGACAGAGAGGACAAGCGACGCAACAACUUGCCCAAUGGCAUUUCCAGCGCGACCCCGAGCAGUCACAGCGUUGGUGGGAAUGCUGGCACCCCUCUUUCUGGGAUCUCCAGCCCUGCUCCGCGUAAAGGCCCUCGGGGACAGGAUGGCAACGACCACCGUCGGCCGCACGGGCAAUCUUCCAGCUCGAAGCCGCACGCCCUUCCUGCUAAACCGAUCGUUGUCCUUGUGAAGGAAGUAGACAAGGUCGCGGAGAAGCUAGCCAGAGCCCGUGCGGAUGCCCAGCAGCGUACCACGACUAAGAGGGCGAUGAUGCAAAGUAGCUCGCGUGGAAGGAACGUUCUGCAGAAUAAGUAUGCCGCGUACAAGGCGUCGCCGAUGAACAUCUCUCGGUCACCUUCACCGUCAUCCGAUCGGAAGCCUAUGGCUGCAGCUCAGCACAAGUCAGCUGCCGACCGCGAGAAGGAGCGACUGGAAGUCACGCGAGCGCUGGCGAAGAACGGGCACGAGCAUGUCAAGGUGCAAGGAAGCGCGCAGCUCGUUGCGUCUGUCGGUGAUGAGGCGGUAAAGGCGUUCUUUGAGGGUUUUGCGGUGGACAAGGUUCUGCGGGAUCAUACUGGUAUAUAUGUGACAUUUACGACCUCUGGCGUGGCUCAUCGUGCCACCACCGUCCUUGGCACGAAACAACUAGGCUUUCAGUCCGUUACCCUCUCUGCACAUUCGGCACCUGCGUACAAGGAGGCCAGCGAGAAGACACAUUGGACCGAGACUGAAUUAGUUGCAGAGGCGCGGAAGAUGAUCCUGGAGGAGCUAAAGGGUCUAUUGGAGAAGGACAUCUCUGAGCGGGUUGUUGGGCAAGACUUGAAGAAAUUGAUCGUGGAGGAGAAGAUUAAAGGGGCGAGUGCGGUGCAACAGGAGGACAAGCCACUGGAGAAGAAGGGGCUGAAGGGACUUUCUUUCAAGAAGAAAAAGGAGGAGGAUGUUUCCGUGGAACAGGAGCCGGAGAAGGAGAAGCAAGAGGUGGCUGAGGAAGAGGAGCAAGAGGUGGAGCCGGAGGUGGAGGUGGAGAGACCGAAGAAGAGGCGAAAGACGGAGGUUGUGGCCAAGAAGUCGCGCAGGGUUAUCGACGAUGAGGACCUCGAAUCGGAAGAAGAAGAUGAGGCCGACACUGCUCGUCUGGCCGCUAUCGAAUCGGAGGCUGCACUCAAACGGGCCGUUUCAGAGGACAGGGACGAAGAGGAGGAGCCUGUCAAGAAGAAACAGAAAAUCCAGGAGAUUAUCCCGGCGAAAGGGAAGAAAGCGUCCAAGAAGGCGAAGAAGGAAGUGGAGCCAGUCGACCAAGUCAUUUUGGGCGAAUCGGAGUCGUUCGAAUCGCCUGUGGUCGCGCAACUGCGGUUGGAUGCCACUGCUGACUCUUCUCGAACGCCAUCGCGCUCGCCUUCGCCUGUGCCUGUACGAGAGCCCAAGCGCCGGAAACGCGAACCAACACCCCCAAGUCUGCCUACACCUCCUCCCGACCCUGUGGGCUUGGGUCUAUGUGAAGAUGAUGAGGACCUCUAUUACGCCAAACUUGCCCUCUCGGGUGAAGUUCCUGAAGAAGAGAAGCCGCAGCCGCCUCCCUCGACCUCCGACAUUCCUACGUUCCGGAAGCACCUCACUGGCAGCGCUCGUACUGAGGGUUACUACAAGAUCACCCACGCCGAGAAGGCCGCGUAUGUUGCCCAGUAUCAAGCGCGUGCAGCUAACACCGGAGUACCGCCGCCGAUUGUGGACGAGCCUCAACCCCAACACGUUACAUCUUCUCGGUCGAACCGUGCCAACGCGAGACGGCGUGCCCAGGGCCUGGAAGAGAUUAACCAAGUGCAACGAGCCGUAGCCUUGUCCAAGGGCGAGACCGCAGCGAACGAGUUGACCUUCAAGUUCAACCAGCUCCAGACUCGGAAGAAGCAUCUGCGGUUUGCCCGUUCCCCCAUUCACGACUGGGGCCUGUACGCCAUGGAGAAGAUCUCGCGGGGCGAGAUGGUCAUCGAAUACGUAGGCGAGAUCAUCAGAGCCCAGGUGGCUGAGAAGCGGGAGAAGGCAUACGAGCGACAGGGUAUUGGCAGCAGUUACCUCUUUCGUAUCGACGAGGACCUUGUGGUGGAUGCUACGAAGAAGGGCAACCUUGGGCGCCUUAUCAAUCACUCCUGUGACCCUAACUGCACAGCGAAAAUCAUCACGAUCAGCGGGGAGAAGAAGAUCGUCAUCUACGCUAAACAGGAGAUCGAGUUGGGCGAUGAAAUCACUUACGACUAUCACUUCCCUUUCGAGCAGGACAAGAUCCCAUGUUUGUGCGGCUCUGCCAAGUGCCGCGGAUUUUUGAACUAG